AUGGAUCUCCUUGACAUUCCGCUGGCUGGGAGAAAAUUUACUUGGCAAAGACUGAAUAAUCGUGCUCGAAGUCGUAUUGAUCGGUUUCUGGUAUCUUCAGAGUGGAAUUCUUGUUGGAAUAACUGCUCUCAGUUGGUGUUGAAUAGAGAUAUUUCGGAUCACUGUCCUUUGCUUCUAAGGCAGUGUUUUCAGAAUUGGGGCCCCAAACCUUUCAGGGUUCUUAAUUGUUGGUUACAGGAUCCAAGAAUUACCGGGGUUGUUGAUUCCUUUUGGAAGGAAGCAACUGUGAAUGGGUGGGGUGCUUAUGUUCUGAAGGAGAAAUUAAAAAGGUUGAAGGGGAAGUUGAAACAGUGGAAUAGGGAUGUCUUUGGUGACUUAAAACUGAGAUGGGAACGUGCAGUCCAAUUAAUUAACGAGCUUGAUGCAAUAGAGGAGGAGGAGGGUCCCUCGCAAGCUGACGUGGAAGAAAGAAAGGAACUUCUCAAUGAAUUUUGGGCUGUUUUAAAGCAUCAUGAGCGGGCAAAUUCUAUAGUAGGCCUUUUGAUUGAUGGGGUGUGGGAAGAGAAUCCAGGGAACAUUAAGAAGGAGGCCAUGAUUUUCUUUGAAAAUAAAUUCAGGUCAGAAGAGUGGGAUCGCCCAACUUUAGAUGGUGUUCAGUUCAAAAGGCUUUCACAGGGUGACAAUACAUUGCUGCUGUCAACUUUCUCAGAGGAGGAAAUUAAGGCGACAAGUGUGUCUGAAUUCUGGUCUAGAGGGGUUUGGCCAAAGGGAUCGAACGCUUCUUUCAUUGUUCUUAUUCCUAAGGUUCCUUCACCUCAAGGUCUAGGUGAGUUUCGUCCGAUCUUUCUGAUUGGAUGUAUUUAUAAAGUGGUGUCUAAAUUACUGGCUGCUCGUCUUAAACUGGUUCUUGGAAAGGUGAUUGAUGACAGACAAUUUGCUUUCCUGGGGGGUCGAAAUAUGCUGGAUAGUGUUGUGGUGGUAAAUGAGAUUGUACAUGAAGCGCGUAUUCGUAAGCAGCCAACCAUUAUAUAUAAAGUGGAUUAUGAGAAGACUUAUGAUUCUGUUCAAUGGGAUUUUCUGUUUUAUAUGAUGAGAAGAUUGAACUUUGAUCAAAGGUGGAUUGGAUGGAUAAAAAACUGCCUUGAGUCUGCUUCUGUUUCUGUGUUAGUAAAUGGCAGUCCCAGCAGUGAAUUCAAAAUGGAAAAGGGAUUACGUCAGGGUGAUCCACUUGCUCUUUUUCUUUUUCUUAUUGUUGCGGAGGGUUUGAAUGGGUUGUUCAUGAAUGCAGUUAAGUUGAAGAAAUUUUCUGGGUUCAAGGUUGGUGGGAAGGAGUCUGUGGAAGUAUCUUUAUUGCAAUUUGCAGAUGACACUAUUUUUCUUGGGGAAGCAAGUUUGCAGAAUACAGUGGUUAUCAAAUGUGUCUUACGCUGCUUUGAAUUAAUUUCUGAUUUGAAGGUGAAUUUUAAUAAGAGCAAGCUAGCUACCAUUUCUCAGCUGAGUAGUGAGCGCCUUCAAUAUGCUGCAAUUUUACACUGUAAAUUGAUGGAGGUUCCUUUUACUUAUUUGGGCCUUUCAGUAGCUGGUUGUUCGAGGCGUAGUAAAAUUUGGGAGCCGGUUAUACAGAAAUUUAAGGCUAAAUUGUCUGCUUGGAGAAUGAAGUCUAUAUCAUUUGGUGGAAGGAUCUGUUUGAUUCAGAGUGUGCUCUCUGCUUUGGCGCUUUAUUAUCUGUCUUUCUUUAGAAUGCCCCCUGGUGUUAUAAAAAUUUGCAAUGGGAUCAUGAGGAACUUUUUAUGGGGUGGUGGGGGAGAAAGGAGACGGAUUGCAUGGGUCAGCUGGUCUUCCAUUUGCAAGCCUAAGGAUGUGGGGGGUCUUGGCUUAAAGGAUUUGACAAUUUUUAACAAAACUUUACUGGGCAAGUGGAGGUGGAGAUUUUUGACAGAGCCAGAGAGUCUUUGGUGCCGAGUCAUUAAGGCCAAGUACAGUGGUUUGUCUAAAAUGAAAGAGUCUCUGUGGUGGAAGGAUGUUAAGAAUGUCAGUUGUGAUGGGGAGGGGGAUUGGUUUGAGUUGGGUGUUCAGAAGUAUGCACCGACGUUGUUGCCUCCAGAUCCUAUUUUCACCCGAGUAUGGAAGUCUGUUGCUCCCUCAAAUGUCAAGGCAUUUGCUUGGCGUGUUAUGCUGAAUAGGAUCCCUUGUCUUCAAAAUCUUUGGAAGCGCAACGUGCUUCGGUCUCAGGAAGAAGCAAUCUGUAAGGUGUGUUGUUUGGGUGUGGAGUCCUGUGAGCAUUUGUUGUUCUCAUGCCCGGUUUCUUUGGAUAUUUGGCGUCAGUGUUACUGGUGGUUGGGUGUUUAUACAGCACUGCCUAUGAAUCCCAGAGAACACCUACUGCAAUUUCAAUUUGGUGGUAACCAAAAACAACAAAGAGGUGCUGAUGCAAUCUGGCUAGCAGUUAUUUGGACGCUGUGGCUAAUUCGGAAUGACAUUAUUUUCAGGAAUGGCGAGGUGGAUUUAUCAGCAGCUUUGGAGAUGGUCAAAUGA